AUGGAGCCAAGGGAAGAAGACACCAUCGCCAACAAUUACAAUCUCUACGAAGCAUACAACGAACUUCACGGAUUGGCGCAGGAGCUGGAGACGCCAUUCGACGCACCCGCUGUGCUUGUAGUGGGUCACCAGACUGAUGGGAAGAGUUCUCUUGUGGAAGCUCUCAUGGGCUUUCAAUUCAACCACGUUGGUGGUGGCACCAAGACCCGUCGCCCCAUUACUCUUCACAUGAAAUACGAUCCUCUCUGUGAAGUUCCCUUGUGCCAUCUCGUCUGUGAUCAUGAUCCCUCCCUCGCUCACGAGAAGUCCCUCCAAGAAAUUCAGGUUCUUUUUACUCAAUUCUCUUAUAUCACCAUUGUCAAAAUUAUAAUUCCUUUAUAUUCCAAAACUUGGUUUGUGUUUCUUAUCGCAGUGAAACAAAGAGGUUAUCUGGAUUAA